AUGAAUGAUGUGCAAGUUGCAUAUAAUUACAGUUAUGUCCCUGUAGAAGCGUAUCUGUAUUUUGUGGAUAACGGCAGAUUCUCUGUGGAUGGUGUGCUUUCCGAUAAUCCAGUGACUCCAUCUGCAGCUUUUAGAAAAGGAAAGCGUUUAAUUAUCUCAUUUGAAGGAGCAAUUGGGGAGUUUCCAGGGUGUAGCGAUUCAACAUACAGAGGCUUGUGCAAGCAGCAGUCCUUCAUUGAAGACUAUAGACCCAACAUUAAGAUCUCCCCUCAGGAUCACAACUAUAUUGGAUUAAAUGAUAGGCUUGUAACAGUGAUUGGCACCCUGCAACAACUGGUGCAAGCUAUUAAUCUGAUUUUAUUCAAAUUAUCCGAAGAUCUCUACUAUCUUCAGUCCGUUGGCCCCCCAUUUCCAUAUGUUGCUGGAUCCACCAGGAACAGGAAAAACACAGACAAUUCUUGGGCUUCUUAG